AUGAAAAAGAAGCUGCUAUCCAGAGCGCCUCCACCUCCUGCUACCAAGGAGAAGCCAUAUGUGCCACCACCCCCGGAGGAGCACCAUUACUAUUACUGCGAGUUCCCUCCUGAAGCGGAGCUGCAGACUCAGGUGAAUGCCGUCGGCCAUUGGAACCCAAAUGGCAACUGGAUCCAGGGAAAGCAGAGGGAUGCUCCGUGGAGAGACCAUCCUAAUUUCAGGUGGAGUGACCAGAGCCAAGGCCAACCACCUCAACCAUCCACACAACAAAUACAACCCUCCGAGGGGCAGCCCAAUUGGCCCGCUCGAAAUCAAGAGAGACCACAUAAUGGAGGAAACAGAGUGCAAGGUGGUCAAGCGAACUGGUCAGGCGGACCACAAGGUAAUUGGUCAAGUGGUAACCAGAGCAACUGGUCCAGUGGAGGACAACCUAACUGGUCAGGCAGACAGUACGAAGGAAACUGGGGUUACAGACAUCAAAGCCCCCAGUCGAGCAACACCGCAAGACAACCCAAUAAUCAGGUGGUGAGCUACGUCCCGCCGCAUCAAAGAGGCAACCACCAGCACCAGGGGAACCAACAAUACUCCCAAGGAAAUCAACAGCAUCAUCAGCCACAAUAUCAGCCAGAUCACUAUGGGACAUCCGACUACCCUCAGCCUAACCACGGUGGAGGGCCUUCGAAUCAAAGAUAUAACCGGAAACCCAAUGAAGGUCCGGGGGAAAUGAUGGUUCCGCACCAUCCUAAUGAUGCGAUGCGUGAGAUUCAGGAGGCUCAUAAGGAGCAGAGGGCAGCGCUGGACAUGCUUACAAAGCAAUUAUCUCAAGUCUCCAUGUCGGUGGGAGAGCUGAGAGGAAACGAAGGGAAGAUCCAUGCCACGGUGCAACCGCCUAGGCGGGAGAACAUAAGCGAAGUCUCCCUGAGAUCAGGGAAGGUAUACCAGAGCCCCAGCUCACCUGCGGUACCUGGAUCAAGCCAAGAAGAAGAAGGAUAG